AUGCCAGGCACCCCCUCAAUCCCCACUCACGAGUUCUUUCCGCAGGUCGUUGCCAGGGUUACUCUUCUGGCGAAGCAGGUCUGUGAAGACAAGGACCGUGAUUGGCUCUACCAGGGUAGAGUCACAGUGAGGCCCGUGACGAACGAUUCGGCAAAGAUCGCCGUCGAGCACAAUGGCUCAUGUGUCAUGGCCCAUCUGAGCAAAAAAUCUUCCAUCAACUCUGCCGCGUUGUUCUGCAACUCGUGCGUAUGCCUCUUCGUCCCGGCAGGCCACGCCAAACUUAGUAGCAGACAGAUCCGAUUGACUCUGUUCUUUUACAAUCGUGAAGAGCUGAAUGAGCUCAAAGACAUCCUCCAACCCUAUAUCCGCUUUGCGACUCGAGAUACACUGUGGCCAUCGCAGAUCGUUGACCGACUGCGCACGUUGUCAGACGGCCCCUCGAAAUACCACCAACUUCGAGAUUAUCUAUCACUCGUUUUCCCCUCUAGCCCAAAGAAGCAUAUCUUCAUCCUCAAACACGCCCGAGUCCAGUCCGCCCUACCGAGAACAGCGCCUAGAGCGUACGAUAAAACCGUCACAUGGGCCGGCGGCUUCACAAUGGGGUGUGUCAUUAUUGACACCACGCGACCAGACGAGCCCUCUCUGGACAUACGCGAUCCCAACCAAGCUCGCUUCGGUCACACGCACAAGAUCCACGGUUCGGACCCCCUUCAUAUGUUUUACUAUGAUCUGGGGUGCCAAUUCGAGCUUGCGGUUUCCAAAGGCAAGGAAGAGGUGAGGGUGAAGGUCGCACAGGUGGUCUUUCAUACAAUCAGGGAACUUCACCAGUUCCUUGAAAUGGCAAAAGACAUCUACACCAUCACCAAACGCGAUACUCCGCCAAUGGAGUUUGAAACUCUUCACCUGGUUCAUCGACCCGGGUCUCGCACAUGCCCCUCCCCCGCCUCCCAUUACAAUGCGAUGGGGGGUGAGAGGCGCAAGUUGAAGGACUUCAUGGAGGAGUAUCGUCUCUUUCAAGAAGAUUGA